CCGCUAUCACGAAUUUGACCCCGGGCGCGGGGUUGGCACAUCCGAGCAACUGAUGUCCCACAUCUUCGGCUGCAAGCAAACUCCGCCCACCCCGCCGACGACCAGCGAUGAGGAGAGCUCCGGGAACACCAGCGACGCGGAGAUGAAGAAGAAGAAGGGGAACCGGGCCAUGGGCAAGAAGAAGUACCCCAAGGCGAUCAAGUACUACAGCAAGGCCAUCAAGAUUGACCCCGACAAUGCCACCUACCACCUGAAUCGCGCAAUUGCGAAUUCGGCCCUGGAGCUGUGGAAGGACGCGGAGGUGGACGCGGAGAAAGCAGUGGAGCUGCACGGCAGCACCUCUAAGAGUCACUUCCAGCUAGCGCGGGCGCGGCUGAAACGGGGCCGGUGCCUGGAGGCGCGGAAGGCGCUGCAGCUGGGGCUCCAACGCUGCCCUCAGGAGCCGGCGCUGGUGCAGCUAGGCAAGGAGAUCGACCGCGCGCUGGCGGCGCUCGAGGCCAAGCGGCGACAGGAGGAAGAGGAGGAGGAGCGCUCAGCUGCAAAGUCGGCCGGGCCCAGUGGCGCCAAGGCGCUGACGGAGCAGGCGCGGGCGCUGAGCGAGGCUCGGCCGGAAGAGGCCCUGGCGCUGCUGGAGGCGGCGCGAGAAGCGGCGAAGAGCGGAAGCCAAAGGAGGGAGGAAAUCAAUGCGGCCUCGCUGGCGGGCAAGGUGUUGCUUCGCCUGCGGCGGUGGCCAGAUGCAAUCGACUGCUGGCAGGCAGUGGUGCAGAUGGAAUCGGAGGAGUUCUCCAUGGAGAUCCUCGAGGAGCGUCAGGCGCUGUCCAACGCACAGAACAACCUCGGCAUCGCGCUGAAGAACGCCACCAGGCUGGCGGAGGCCUUCGGGUCCUUCCAGGAGGCCUACCGCCUGGCGACCAACGGGGAUGACAAGGUGGCCACCUACCAGGCCUCCCAGAUCCUGCAGAACGCCUCGCAGUGCCUACUGGCCCAGGGCAAGGCCAAGGAAGCUCGCAGCUUUUGCAGCCGCGCCCAGGAGAUCUGCCAGCGUUUGUUCGGGGAGUUCCACGGGUCCUUGGCGCUGGGCUCUUUGGCGCUGGCCAGGUGUUGCCGUGCAGAAGGCGACCUCCGUGGGGCCGUGGGGAACUACGCCAAGUGCCUGGAGCUUUUUGAGCAAAAGACCCAAGAGGAGAUCCUCGCUGAGCUGCCGGAGGUGCCGAGUGUGCAGCGCCUGCAGCAGCUGCUGCAGCAGGCGAAGGCGGAGCUGGCGCAGCUGCUGGCCUUCGCGGAGCAGGCCAAGGCGCAGGCUUCGGCAAGUUCUGAGAGCACAGAGCCUGCGACCUGACCCAUGCUAGGGGUCGCCUCUCCAAAGUGACUGACAUCAAAAGUUUAAGGAGCA